GGGAGGUUUCUAUGGCGACGGCAAACAAGGCCCUAACUGGAGGGUCGCAGCAGGGCUACUACUCCCGCCGCCGCCAUGAUUCCCCCCGCGGACUCUCUGCUCAAGUAUGACACCCCGGUGUUGGUGAGCCGCAACAAGGAGAAACGGAGCCCCAAAGCUCAGCCACUGAAAGUCAGCCCUCAGCAGCCCGGACCCUCAGGUCCCGUCCCACAGCCACCAAAGACCAAGCUCCCCUCAACUUCCGGUGUCCCAGAUCCUACAAAGCAGGCAGAAGAAAUCUUGAAUGCCAUCCUGCCCCCGAGGGAGUGGGUGGAGGACACGCAGCUAUGGAUCCAGCAGGUGUCCAGCGCCCCCAGCACCAGGAUGGAUGUGGUACACCUCCAGGAGCAGCUGGACCUGAAGCUGCAGCAGCGGCAGGCCCGGGAGACUGGCAUCUGCCCGGUGCGCCGGGAGCUGUACUCGCAGUGUUUCGAUGAACUGAUCCGUGAGGUUACCAUCAGCUGUGCGGAGCGAGGGCUGCUGCUGCUGCGAGUCCGGGACGAGAUCCGCAUGACCAUUGCUGCCUACCAGACCCUGUAUGAGAGCAGCGUGGCAUUUGGCAUGAGGAAGGCGCUGCAGGCCGAGCAGGGGAAGUCAGACAUGGAGAAGAAAAUUGCAGAAUUAGAAACGGAAAAGCGAGAUUUGGAGAGGCAAGUGAACGAGCAGAAGGCAAAAUGUGAGGCCAUCGAGAAGCGGGAGAGUGAGAGGAGACAGGUGGAGGAGACGAAGCACAAAGAAGAGAUUCAGUUCCUGAAGCGGACUAAUCAGCAGCUGAAGGCCCAACUGGAAGGCAUUAUUGCACCAAAGAAGUGAUAAUUUCCAUAUGGGUCUCAGCAAGCACUACUACCCCAUCAUAAGCCCUUUGUAAUAAAAAGCUUCCUGAGUGAAGCCAUACCCCGCCCCUGGUCCCACCUACGUAUUUGUCAGAAGCCCCACCACCGCCCCAGUGUGGUGCGACACCUACGGUCUGGCAGCCAGGCUCCGGGCUGGACGACAGAAGGCAGUGUGGCCCAGGAAGUCUCUACGUGGCCAACCUUGGGAUUUGCCAACUCCAACGGUGAGACUCAGAAUUCACCCCUUUCGGCUGUAUCCCUCUCAGGUGGAGCAGCUCCUCUCUCACUGUCACUCCAUACUGUCGCCUAUUUCCAGCCACACGAAGCUGCUUCUCUGCCCCGCAAUUCAUCUUGUCCCUUAACCCGGGCUCCUCUGGCCUCAGUCUUGCCCUUAUUUGAUGUCUUUUCAUCAUCCCUACUCCAGUGCAGUUCUAGUACCUCAUUUUGGAGUUUUCGGUUUAUACCGUAUCAUCUUAUCCCCGCUUGCCAAGUCACUGGACCCCAUCCUCCUUAGUUUUGGACUGCCUGGGUAGGAGGCAAUGGCAGGGUCAAACCCAUGGGUUUCGAGAACGUAAACACGUGCUGGAAAGAAAUACAGGUCACGGUGUCCACUGUGAGCUGCCUGGACCUCGGCUCCUCCCCCAGCACUGAUUUGUUCACCUUGCUCUGCAGACAGUCAAACCCCAACCCUACAGCCUGGCUAGCCCAGACCUCACUCUCAGUUCUAAUUAUUCAUGACGGCCAUGGCCUGGAGACAACUGCAUUUUACUGUUCCUCAUAAUCUAAACUCAGUCUGGAGGGUCAGGAGUCUUCUGAUUUCAGACCCAGGAGACUUAAUUAGUGACAUAAACCCUUCAUUCCAGGGCACAGCAGCAGCUCCAUGAGUGCCAUCCUUCAGUCACACUUCACAACUAGCGUGACUAAGAAGGCGCUAACACCUCCCCUCGGUUAGAAGGCCUCAAGUGCUCAGCGUUCUCUUGGAGAGGCGCUCGGGUCGGAUACCCGUCCCGGCCAGGGCUUCCAGGCUCACUGGAUGAACUGCAGUCCAACAAGAACAGCUGUGUUCCACUGAGUCAAACAAGCCCUCUACACUCUAAUCUCAAAUUUGAAGUCACAGCUUUUACCCUCAUCCAGGUGUCCUGAGGAAUUAAUCCCCAGAUUCCACUAAAAUGGCCUGUCUGUGCUCUGUCAUUUUCAUGGGAAAGAACUGUGGUCACUGAGAUGUGCUAGUCCCAUGACUCCUUGACAGUGCAGCACUCGUGGCCUGUUAGGUUCCCCUAGCAGACUCAACGAUGGACAACACAAGUUGCUGUGGCUUUUUCUUCGUAUUUUAAAGCCUAGGCUCUGCACACGACAUCCCUAAAAUUUUCUUCUUUUUACGGUUCUAUUCCAAAGAGCUUCUGUUCUAAAUUGCUCAUUGCCAGUACAAAAGAAAUACCACACUCCACACUUCCUAGACCUCAGGCCUGUUUCUGUCAGAUAUCUCCAUUUGCUUGAGGAACUCACAGGACUAAUUCAAGUGUCCGAAGUUCCAGUGGACCCCAUCGCUGAGAUCCUUGGGGGUGAGGGGCUUAUCUUUAUUUUCACUGGCACUGGUGAAUGGUUUCAACUGUCAAAUCUCAGAACAGAUGCACCCAUGGCCUUCGAAAUGCCAAUUGGGCAUGAAGAAAACGAACAGAGUUUCUAACUGCAUAUUUUUGUAGAAUUUAAUAAACAACUUUUAAAACGUUACUGCUUAUGUUUCAAUUUCUUGUGUCUGUGUUUCUGCCCCUCUGAGUCACUGGUCUUCUUUUUGU